AGAAACAGUUUGCAUCUGAACACCAGGUUGAAAGGAGAGUCACUUUUAGCUCGAAGACAUGCUGGAUCAGGUAGUGCUCAUUGCAGGAGUAACGGUGUUGGGUGUGUUAGAGCAAGCUUACUUCUCUCUACAGGUGAUUUACGCCAGACGCAAGUACUCGGUCUCCCCACCCAGCACCUCAGGGCCUCCAGAGUUUGAGAGAGUCUUCAGAGCUCAAGCCAACUGCUCUGAAUAUUUCCCAAUCUUCAUCAUCAUCCUAUGGGUGUCUGGACUCUUCUUCAGCCAAGGUCUGUCAGCACUAUGUGGGCUCCUAUACCUGUACGGGCGCUACCAGUACUUCAGGGGCUAUGCUAAAUCGGCACAUGGACGACUAGCCCCUCUGUAUUUCAGUGCCAAGGUUCUGUGGGUUCUGAUCGGGUUCUCCGUCCUGGGGAUUCUGGGUUCUAUGUGUCGGUUCUACCUGGAUCUGGACCUGAAGCAGCUCGCCAGCUCUGUCCUCGACCUGACUGAGGAAGAGGGUGGGGGACCUUAAGGGAUGAGCAGGAGGAGAAGAGCUUAAAGGAGAGAUGAUGGGAUACACUAACAACUGUAGACAAGCUACCUUCAUUGCCAAAUCAAGACAACAAAAUGGAUUGGUUGAUUGAAGUAGGGAAAGAUGUGUUCCAACCUUGAGCUGCAGGUUUGAAAUAAUAGAAGUGUCUGGUCUAGGCCUAUCGUAGGCUAUUUCACGAACUGCUUGUGUGCCAUUUAGACUGAGGUUACAGUCCCCCUAAACCAAGGCAUGUUUCAGACUGAAAUAUGGAACAAAAACAUUUUUUUGAUGAAAACAAACAGGGUAGGCCUAUCCAUUAAUUAGUAAAGUUAGUUUCAUCUUUUCCAAAAACCUGCAUUCCAAGUGAUAGCUCAUAUCAAACACAGCCAAAAGAAACCCACAUUUGGCAGGUGUUAUCAAAUGGUUAAGAAGGGAAACAUUUAAGCUUUCUAAUGCUGUUAACUGUAUGUUUUUUUAAUUAACAACAAAUCAAUACAUAAAGCACAUGAGGGGGAACACAAGCAUACAUAGAUUACAAACAAUGGACAAUCGAGCUAGGGGGUACAAUAUCACAUUACAAUUACACAAGGACCUUA